UCCAUCGAGUCCCCGGCAGAGUCAGCGAGUGAGUGUUCUGUUUUUCCUUUCGCAAGUGGCGCCCAUAAAACGUGAACAGCGCAUCAGAAAUCGAAGAAAAUACCGUUCUGCAGGCCCGGAACGCAGCUUUGCGAUGGCUCAUAACUACAUAGUGACCGCCCAGAAGCCGACGGCGGUCACGGCGUGCGUUACCGGCAACUUUACGUCGACGACCGACUUGAAUUUGAUUGUGGCCAAAAGUUCCCGACUGGAGAUCUAUCUCGUCACUCCGGAAGGUUUGCGUCCGAUCAAGGAAAUCGGCAUCAAUGGAAAGAUUGCCGUCAUGAAGUUGUUCCGCCCAGCGGAAGCUCAGAAAGAUCUCAUAUUCAUCUUGACCCAUCGCUACAAUGCGAUGAUUCUAGAAUGUGCGGUUCAAGGAGAUGAUAUUGAAAUCAUUACCAAAGCCCACGGCAAUGUGGCGGAUCGUGUUGGAAAGCCAGCCGAGACCGGUAUUCUUGCCGUCAUCGACCCGAAGGCACGCGUAAUCGGCAUGCGAUUGUACGAAGGUUUGUUCAAAAUCAUCCCGUUGGAUCGAGAUACCCACGAACUAAAAGCCACUAGUUUGCGCAUGGAAGAAGUGCACGUGCAGGAUGUGGAAUUCCUGUACGGAACCCAGCACCCAACGUUGAUCGUCAUUCACCAGGACUUGAACGGUCGUCACAUCAAAACACACGAAAUCAAUCUGAAAGACAAAGACUUCACCAAGAUUGCUUGGAAGCAGGAUAAUGUCGAGACCGAGGCCACCAUGCUGAUUCCCGUGCCAACUCCACUCGGGGGUGCAAUCGUCAUCGGUCAAGAAUCAGUGGUUUAUCAUGACGGCGAUAGCUAUGUGGCUGUAGCACCGGCCAUUAUCAAGCAAAGCACCAUCAACUGUUACGCCAGAGUCGACAGCAAAGGAUUCCGUUACUUAUUGGGUAAUAUGAGUGGUCAUUUGUUCAUGAUGUUUUUGGAAACCGAGGAGAAUUCGAAAGGUCUACUGAGUGUAAAAGAUAUCAAAGUAGAAUUACUCGGAGAUAUCACCAUCCCGGAAUGCAUUACUUAUUUGGACAACGGAGUUCUGUUUAUCGGAUCUCGCCAUGGUGAUUCCCAGUUGGUGAAAUUGAAUACUACAGCCGGAGACAACGGAGCUUACGUUACUGUAAUGGAAACGUUCACCAAUUUGGCUCCCAUCAUCGAUAUGUGCAUUGUGGAUCUGGAAAAACAAGGUCAAGGCCAAAUGAUCACUUGCUCCGGUAGUUACAAGGAAGGUUCAUUGCGUAUCAUUCGUAACGGAAUUGGAAUACAGGAGCAUGCCUGUAUCGAUCUACCUGGCAUUAAAGGAAUGUGGGCAUUGCGUGUAGGCAUCGACGACAGUCCGUACGAUAACACGUUAGUGCUUUCUUUCGUCGGACAUACCCGCAUUCUCACACUGUCGGGAGAGGAAGUUGAAGAAACGGAAAUUCCCGGAUUUCUCAGCGAUCAACAGACCUUCUAUUGCGCCAAUGUGGACUUCGGACAGAUCAUUCAGGUUACUCCGACAACUGCUCGUUUGAUUCAGUGCGACAACAAGUCUAUGAUUUGCGAGUGGAAACCUCCAGAUGAUAAGCGCAUCAGUGUCGUCGCCUGCAAUUCCUGCCAGAUGGUGUGUGCCACUGCUUGCGACAUCUAUUACAUUGAAUUUGGGGAAAGCAAAUUGGUACAUAAGAGCACUGUCACGUUGGACUACGAAGUGGCUUGUCUAGAUAUUUCACCUCUAGAAGACAACGCUACUCAUGCAGAAUUGGUAGCAGUUGGCUUAUGGACGGACAUAUCCGCCUGUAUCUUACGAUUGCCGAACUUGGAAGUAGUACACACUGAAAAAUUAGGUGGAGAAAUCAUACCCCGUUCGAUUUUGAUGGCCCAUUUCGAAGGUAUUGUUUACCUGCUGUGUGCACUCGGCGAUGGAUCGAUGUUCUAUUUCGUUCUUGAUAAAAACACCAAUCGCUUAACUGAUCAGAAAAAGGUCACCCUUGGCACACAACCGACGAUCUUGAAAACUUUCCGUUCCCUAUCCACGACGAAUGUGUUUGCUUGUUCGGAUCGACCCACGGUCAUCUACAGCUCCAAUCAUAAACUGGUGUUUUCUAACGUCAAUCUUAAGGAAGUAAAUCAUAUGUGCUCACUGAAUGCGGAAGCUUACCAAGACAGUUUGGCUUUGGCUACGAAAAACUCCGUCAUUCUUGGCACCAUUGAUGAAAUUCAGAAACUUCAUAUUCGAACGGUUCCGCUCGGAGAAUCGCCACGACGAAUCGCAUACCAGGAAGCAUCGCAAACGUUCGGAGUCAUAACAGUGCGAACAGAUAUUCAGGAUUCCAGUGGCCUGACACCUUCACGACAAAGUGCUUCGACACAAACUACAAAUGUAACAUUGUCGACGAACAUGGGUCUGCUGAAGGCAGGAGCCAGUAAUGCCGAAUUCGGACAGGAAGUCGAAGUCCACAACCUACUUAUCAUAGAUCAAAACACCUUCGAGGUCCUGCACGCUCAUCAGUUCAUGCAAACCGAAUAUGCCAUGUCAUUGAUUUCGGCAAAGCUAGGAAAUGACCCCAAUACGUAUUAUAUCGUUGGAACGGCAUUGGUCAAUCCAGAAGAACCGGAACCAAAGGUGGGACGAAUUAUCAUCUAUCACUAUGCGGAUGGAAAUCUUACACAAGUUAGCGAGAAGGAAAUCAAAGGUUCCUGUUACUCGCUGGUGGAAUUCAACGGACGAGUUCUGGCUAGCAUCAACUCGACUGUGCGAUUAUACGAAUGGACUGACGAUAAAGACUUGCGACUCGAAUGUAGCCAUUUUAACAACGUGCUGGCACUUUACUGCAAAACAAAAGGUGAUUUUAUUUUGGUUGGUGAUUUGAUGAGGUCUAUCACGUUGCUACAGUACAAACAAAUGGAGGGCAGUUUUGAAGAAAUCGCUCGCGAUUAUCAACCUAACUGGAUGACAGCGGUGGAAAUUUUGGACGACGAUGCCUUCCUGGGGGCGGAUAACAGCAACAAUCUUUUCGUUUGCUUGAAAGAUGGUGCUGCAACCACAGAUGAUGAGCGGCAGCAAAUGCCCGAAGUUGCUCAGGUCCACCUAGGAGACAUGGUGAAUGUGUUCCGACAUGGUUCUCUCGUGAUGGAAAACAUUGGCGAACGAACGACUCCUACCUCGGGGUGUGUACUGUUUGGAACCGUUAGCGGCGCAAUAGGACUUGUCACGCAAAUCCCCGCUGACUAUUACGAGUUUCUACGCAAACUACAGGAGAAUUUAACCGAUACGAUCAAAUCGGUUGGCAAAAUAGAUCAUGCUUAUUGGCGCAGUUUUCACACGGAGAUGAAAACGGAACGAUGCGAAGGAUUUAUCGAUGGGGAUUUGGUUGAAAGUUUUCUGGAUCUAAGUCGAGAGAAAAUGCACGAAGCUGCUUUAGGACUGCAGAUUGAUGUCGAUGGAACCAAGAAGGAAGCGACGGUGGACGACAUUAUCAAAAUUGUGGAGGAUCUAACUAGGAUACACUAAAUUAAUACGUCCUUCGUGUUAAAAAUCCGCUUGUGCUGCAAGUCUGGGCUACUAUUACGCUGUUGUCAUACAGAUCGAAUGAGAUUUAUCGAGAAUGGGAUUUUAGAAAUGUUAAUCUCAUACGAAGUCACAUUAGGGUAUGAAGGGCUAAACGAUAGAAACACAUCCGACAUUUGUUCGAAGUAAGCUGAAAUAUGCGUUUACCAACUAAAUCAUUAUUUCUUGUUUCCGAGUAAUACGCGGAAUACAGCGAGCUAAAGAAGUA